CGAAACUCCCUUUGUAUUACGUAUAUAUUCUUUUCCAGUUCUGCCCAUCGUCUUCUUUAUUCUUUUUGCCAAUAAUUGCUAGAGGAAAAGAAGAAGAAGCAAUCCAAAAGGCCAUCCUUUAGAUUGGGCUUUGGGUUCCAGGAAAGAGAAAGAGAGAGAGGGCUCUCUGAUGUUUCUUUCCUGGAAUCGGUUUCCCAUCGAGCUUUGACUUUCCCAGAAAAUUUCUAAGCAGAUCUGAUAAGGCUUUUGUGGGUCUUUCUUAUAUUGCAUAUGGGUUUGUUGGUAUGUGGUGGCUGCUAUUUGUCAGCCAUAUGACUAUAUGUGAGAUUUGUAACAGAACCAAAUGGGAUUUGUAACAGAGCAGUGGUUGUCUUGGAUGCUAUAACAAGCCCACAGUCACUACCUCAGUGGAUGCUCUAUCAAAAGGAUUAACGACUCAAGGUCAGACGGUUAAGAAACCUUGCAUAUCAGAGGAUUUCUGGACCACCAGCACGGGUGAUAUGGACAACAGUGCAGUUCAGUCACAGGGAAGCAUCUCAUCAAUCAGUACAACCAACCAAAUUUUAGAUCCCCAUGGCAUUGCUGGGAGUGCUAACACCCCUUCUGAAUUUGUAAAUCAUGGUCUUCUUCUCUGGAAUCAGAAUAGGCAGCGUUGGGUAGGAAAUAAAAGGUCUGAGAACCGGGCCCAACCAACACGAGAACCCAAAUUAAACACUCAUUGUCUAUGCAUUGGUAAAAAAUUCUGGCUUUGCAGUUGGAAUGCAUCGUAUGAAAGCUUGCUUGGGAGCAACAAGCCAUUCCCUCAGCCUAUCCCACUUCCUGAAAUGGUAGAUUUCCUUGUGGACAUCUGGGAGCAGGAGGGGUUGUAUGAUUGAGCAGCUGAAAUAUGAGAUGCUUAAAGGUUGUUAAGAAGUCAAAACCCAUCUUUGCUGUUGUAGUCAUUCAUUUCGGUUUGCUUCCACAGCAAGAGCGGGUGGAUUGAGCAAACCGCGGCUUGUAAUCAACUGUAACAUUAUCUGUCACAUGCCAAUGCUGGGAUUUUCAUUAUUCAGGCCUUUUAGAUUUGCUUGUAUUACAUUUAUAAUUGAUUUAUGGCACCGGCUGCCUGUGUCGUUCGUGGCGGCAAGUUUUGCAAAA